AUGUUGGGCAUCUGGCAUUCUGGUGGAGUGAACCUACAACACCAGGUCUCAGAAAUCGAAGACUACCAGCAGGCAAUGUCCGCGGUUCAAGCAUGGACACUAGGCGCCAAAUAUCACGUCCCCGCUUUCCAGAAUGCUCUGCUGGAUGAACUCGCCAGAUUUUGGGUGCACAAUUCCAUGCCGCCUCAAUUCCUGUCGUGGGUGGUGAAGGAUAGCAAGAACACGGUUCUGCCGCGCUCCGUCUUCGACCAACUGGCUUUCGAUCUGAUCCAUUCCUCCACCGGUAUAGAGCGAAGCAAACACCGAGUGAGGAUGAGCUGGGCCCUGCGAACGCAGGUUGCUAUGUGGAGCCACUCUGGGACGUGCUGGCUGACCCAGACAUCGGUGUAA